UGCAGCUCCGUCCGCAGGUCUCGCGGCAGUCGAGCGGCUUCGUCGCCCCCUGCGGCCCCAUGGCAGCCCCCGGCUCCCCGACGGAGUGCGGCUACAUCCGGACAGUCCUGGGCCAGCAGAUCCUGGGGCAGCUGGACAGCUCCAGCCUGGCGCUGCCCUCCGAGGCCAAGCUGAAGCUGGCGGGGAGCAGCAGCCGCAGCGGCCAGGCGGCCAAGAGCCUGCGGAUCCAGGAGCAGGUGCAGCAGACCCUGGCCCGGAAGGGCCGCAGCUUGGUGGGCAACGGAAAUCUUCACCGAACCAGCAGUGUUCCUGAGUAUGUCUAUAACCUACACUUGGUUGAAAAUGAUUUUACCGGUGGGCGUUCGCCUGGUACUAAAACUUAUGACAUGCUAAAGACAGGCACCACUGCCACUUAUGAAAGUCGCUGGGGGAGAGGAACUGCACAGUACAGCUCGCAGAAGUCAGUGGAAGAAAGAUCCUUGAGGCAGCCUCUGAGGAGACUUGAGAUUUCUCCAGACAGCAGCCCUGAGAGGAUUCAUUACUCACACAGUGAUUACCAGUAUGGCCAGAGAAGCCAGGCUGGGCAUACUUUGCGGCACCAAGACAGCAGGAGGUCUACCCUUCUUCUGCCACCUAGAUAUGCUCGCUCAGAAAUCGUUGGUUUCACUCACUCCGGGGCCAUGAGCCGACAUCGCCACUAUGACACUUACCACAGACAGUACCGGUACGGCUCUGUGAAUGACACCGUCUUUGACAAUGCCCCUGCCAACCCAGCGGUGCUCACGUACCCCAGGCCCGGGACGAGUCACAGCACGGGGAACCUCUUGGAGAAGGAGAACUGUCUGACGCUGGGGCCUGCCUCGGGGCAGAUCCGGUCACUGGUGCCCUUGCAGGCUGCCGGUCAGAACAGGGCCUCUCAUUCCUGGCAUCAGAGCUCCUUCCACAGCGCCCGCACGGUGAGGGAAGCCGGGCCCAGUGUCACCGUGGAUGCAGGCGGCAGGAGGAUGCACAUGACCGUUGGCCAAGUGGCAGCAUGUGGAAGUGGCAACGUGCUCAUGGAGAGAAGCACUUUGACCGACGCCCAGCUCGGGAAUGCAGACAUGGAGAUGACUCUAGAGCGAGCAGUGAGUAUGCUCGAUGCAGACCACACACCACCACCCAGAAUUUCUGCUGCAGCUACUUUCAUACAGCACGAGUGCUUCCAGAAAUCUGAAGCACGGAAAAGGGUCAAUCAGCUUCGUGGCAUCCCCAAGCUUCUGCAGCUCCUGAAAGUUCAGAAUGAAGAUGUUCAGCGAGCCGUGUGUGGGGCUUUGAGAAACUUGGUAUUUGAAGAUAAUGACAACAAGUUGGAGGUAGCUGAACUCAACGGGGUACCUCGGCUACUCCAGGUGCUGAAGCAAACCAGAGACUUGGAGACUAAAAAGCAAAUAACAGGUUUGCUGUGGAAUUUGUCAUCUAAUGACAAACUCAAGAAUCUCAUGAUAACAGAAGCCUUGCUCAUCCUGACUGAGAAUAUCAUCAUUCCCUUCUCUGGGUGGCCAGAAGGAGACUACCCCAAAGCAAAUGGUUUGCUUGAUUUUGAUAUAUUUUACAACGUCACAGGAUGCUUAAGAAACAUGAGUUCGGCGGGCCCUGAUGGGAGGAAAGUGAUGAGAAGGUGUGAUGGACUGAUCGACUCACUGGUCCAUUAUGUCAGAGGAACCAUUGCAGACUACCAGCCAGAUGACAAGGCCACAGAGAACUGUGUGUGCAUUCUUCAUAACCUCUCCUACCAGCUGGAGUCAGAGCUCCCAGAUAGAUACUCCCAGAGUAUCUAUAUUCAAAACCGGACUAUCCAGACUGACAACAACAAAAGUAUUGGGUGUUUUGGCAGUCGAAGUAGGAAAAUAAAAGAGCAAUAUCAGGACAUGCCAAUGCCAGAAGAAAAGAGCAACCCAAAGGGUGUGGAAUGGCUGUGGCAUUCCAUCGUGAUACGGAUGUACUUGUCCUUGAUUGCCAAGAGUGUCCGAAACUACACUCAAGAAGCAUCUUUGGGAGCUCUGCAGAAUCUCACUGCAGGAAGUGGACCAAUGCCGACGUCAGUAGCUCAGACAGUUGUCCAGAAGGAAAAUGGCCUUCAGCACACCCGCAAGAUGCUGCAUGUUGGUGAUCCAAGUGUGAAAAAGACAGCAGUCUCCCUGCUGAGAAAUUUGUCUCGGAAUCUUUCUCUGCAGAAUGAAAUUGCCAAAGAAACUCUACCUGAUUUGGUUUCCAUAAUUCCUGACACAGUCCCGAGUACUGAUCUUCUCAUUGAAACCACAGCCUCUGCCUGCUACACGUUGAACAAUGUAAUCCAAAAUAGUUACCAGAAUGCACGGGAUCUUCUAAACACUGGGGGCCUGCAGAAAAUCAUGACCAUCAGCUCAGGCGAUGUUUAUGCCUCCAACAAAGCAAGUAAAGCUGCUUCUGUUCUCCUCUACUCUCUGUGGACACAUACGGAGCUCCAUAAUGCCUACAAGAAGGCUCAAUUUAAGAAGACAGAUUUUGUCAACAGCCGGACUGCCAAAGCCUACCACUCCCUUAAGGACUGAGGAAAAUGACAAAGUGCGCUCAGAAAUCUCCACCUCACCAUUGUCAGCCCCAAAAAAAGUCCCAGAGGAAAACACCUAUUUUUCUACUUCCCAGCCCAAGAAACCUCAAAAAAACAUGCCCUGUUUCUUAGUCCUUUUCUAUUUUCAAGGUCCCAUCCAGAAAACAAAUAAGCAGAAUAUAAUUUUAUUAGUCUUCCAGAAAACUUUUGCAAGUUUGCUACCAGUAGACAUAACAGGCUUUUACCCUCCAAAGAUAGCGGUCUUUGUGAUUGGGGCUAAUGGCGCAGGGCCGCCUGGAAUCAAAAUGUGAAUUCAAGUGGAAUAAAUAUUGACAAAAAAUAAAGAAGGAGGUGGUUGUAUUAGUAGGAUUUUAAAAGUUUGAUUUACAUUUAUAUUCCUUUAAUGGUUUCCAUGUUUUGUCACUCAUAUGCACGUUGCUUUGCCAUUGAGCCACGAGUGUAUUGUUCUGCAGUGUUGAACAGAAUGGAAACGACAAGAAAUAUUUGCAGAGUUAUCCAGGAGAAAAUUUAAUGGCAAAAUUAUACAUUUGUUCAUUUUGUGCUUGUUUUUAUAGUCUUAAAUUUUUUUCUUUGAUUUGAAAUGAACUUAAGAAAUUUAGAUCAUAGAGCGUACAUGACUCUAAGAAAACGAAAUUGAAACGAAGUGAUCAUAGCAAAUUUAAAAAUCUUUUCACUAGAGAAAGGCAACUAUGGUUAUGAAAUUCAGUGUUCCCUCUCAACACUACGUGUAAAUACGAGCAUUGCUCAAGGAAAUACCUACCCUAUGACAACACCAUGAAAUGCGAAUCUCUCCUGAAUAGUAGAAUUCAGUGUGAUCUAUUGCCUGGACUAUUUUAGCCAUUUCAGUGGGCUGGUAGAAAAAUGGACUCUGUAUUCUUUAACUACAAAAGGAACCAAACCUCUCAAACUGGUGAGUGAAAACACAGCUCAUUUGAAUGAAUUACACUAUCAAUCAGCCCAACUUUGCCCAACAUUUAAAAAAUAGCACAGAGCCCAUAAAUCUCAUGUAAUCUUCCUCAAGCCAGCAUUUUAAGUCAAGGAAAUUCUAGAGCAAAAAAUAUGAAGACAUCAUGUUGAAGAAAAAUAUGCAAAGGCUGCCCAAAAGUGAUAUGAGAAAUACAAAUGUUGAAAAGUUGGCAUCAUCUGUUAAAGCUAAUCUAUAUCAAGUGUUCUUUUAACUGAGCUGUGAUUAAUACCAUUUGCAUAGAAUUAGUCUCCUCGGCUACAAUUCUGUUAUAUUUUGCGUUUUUUUUUUUUUUUAAUAUGACAAUGUUUGCUAUAAGAAAGUAAGAAGGAAAAAAAAAAUCCUUCCACUCCUUUUGGCCAGAAAAGUGUAAUAGAAAAUAAAUUCCCAUUUUCAAUUUGAA